AUUUAAUAUUCCUAAUUAAAUAUCAUUGCUAUAAAACCGCAAAUCCGAUCACAAUUUAGGGUUUCCAAUGCCCUUCGAAUUUAUCAUCACCUGCAUCUUCUUCUGAGCUUUAGUUAAUAAUUCUAACGAUUUGGGCCAUGAGAUGGGAUGAUCUCAUUGAAUUGGGUGUGAGGGAGAGACCCUGAAUUUUUCUUAGUUAUGGAUUUGGAAAUUGAAUCUGUGGAAGAUAAUGAAGUAAACCCACAAACAGUGUUCCAUGCUGAUGAUAAGGAUAAUGAUGAUGGUAGUAAUGAGAUCAGGAACAAUGGGUCAUGUGCUAAUGUGACUGAAAAUGUAGCAAAUACUAGAGUUAAUCAUGUUGACACUGCACAGCCAGUGAAUUCGACUUUGCCGGCUGCCAACUCUCCCGGUGGGGGUUCACCUCCCACCGUCAAAGGGCUUGGCUUAAAGAAGUGGAGGAGGAUUAAGAGAAAUUUUUCUAGGGAUGAUAGUGACAAUGCAUUUGAUGAUUCUAGUAAAGUUUUGAAGCGGGGUUUGUCUGGUAAUGGAAACCCAGUUAAGUCUAAGAAUUCACCCCGUGAAAUCAAUCAUAACAGUGAAGGUUCUGUCGGAUCUGUGAAUACGUUAAGAAAUGUGGGAGUUGUUGAUGGCUUUGCAAUUCAUGGUUCAAGUUCUGAUUCCAGAUUUGCUGUGGGUUCUGCAUUUGCUGCUGGUGCAGAUUCUGAGAACAGUGAGGAUCGGAGUAGCAAGUCUUCUACAGCUGCCAGUGUUCCAAAGGCCAAGUAUGAGCUGCCUGCAGUAUUGGGGCAUGCAAGGGAGAAGAACAGGAUGAAGAGUACCGGUGGAAAGAGUUUUUAUAGUUCAGCUCAAAGGGCCCAACAGGGAAGGGUACAAAUUGAAAGCAGUAAGAAGCAUAGAGGAGACGGGGUCAAGGUUGAGAAGGAAAACUCUUAUUCCAGCGUGGAAUCUGACUCAAGAAGCUCCAACCAUGUGUUUAUUCAGAGUCCAAUUCUGACUAGUAACGGGAAGCAAAGUGGAAGGUCAAUGAGUCAUGACGGAGAAAACAGUGAUGAAGUUCAUGCAAGUGAACAACAAUACAGUGAAGAAGUUCAAACUGGUUAUAGCAAAGAGAAUGUAGGAGAAGCUGAAGUUUUUUCUCAAGAUGACUUUCUUGCAGACUUGCCAUGGAAGGUUAAGGGUGAAAAAAAUAAGAAUCGUAGGUCCUUAAAAGAUCAGGAUCCUCUGUUUGAGUCUAUCCUUAAUCUCCAGUCUGUACAAGAAGCACUUGCUAAAGAGGUUCAGAAAUUCGGGGAGAUUGGGAAGGAACCUUUAUCACCGGGUGAUAAUUCAGUGAAUGGUAGUGGUAUACCUGCUGACCUCUCUUCAAGUGAUCCGGGAAUCAAUGAAUCAAAUUUAUCUGACCAUUUGGGUUCUGAAAAGAUUGGACAAACUUCUUCGAAGUCCUUGGAAGCGCAAGUCUUAGGUUUGAAACAAAGUGUGAAGCUUUUGGAAAGCAAGUUGGAUGAGAGUAGGGCUAUGCUUGAGGUGAAGGAGUCCAGGGUUGCUGAACUCGAAGAUAUGAUUAACAUUAGCAAGUCUCCAAAAGAAGAAUCAGGUAGUACCAUAGAUUUAGAGGAGGAAAAAUAUCGAGAGUUGGAGACUGAACUUGAGGGCCUGUUUAGGCAAAUGAUUGAAGCUCAGGUUGAGUAUAUUGCAAUUAAAAGAACCACACAGAGGUUGAAGUUUGCUGCAGGUGGCCAAAUUGCACUACUUGACGAGCAAGAAGAAGUGGCUGGAGAGCAAGCACAGAUGCUGAACAAGCUUGGAGAAGCAGAAAUUAGGGCUGCAAAGCUAAAGGAACGAGCAGAGGAGUUGGGGAAAUAUGGUGGAGAUAUUGUAGCGACUGAAGAGGUUUUCACUAUGCAGAAGAGGUUUUGUAAGAUUACUUCAUGUCUUUUUAUUCAGAUGAUAUUGCUGGGCUUAGCCGUCUGGUUUUUUUCCUUGCAGACCCCCCAUCAAGGGGUGGCUGUACCCACCUGAGUUUGUGAUUAGUAAUGCCCUUUUUUUGUGUAUUCUCAACCUCUUUAGGCAAAUAUUUGAAUGUUAAAUUUUAUCUUUUGUCAUGUAGAACCUUUUUCUUCCCUCCUCUCUCUCUCUCUCUCUCUCUAUGUUUUUCUUUUUGUAACAAUGUUGUAAUUUUUUUGUUUUUUUUCUAGGAACAAAAGCAUCCCAAAAUUAUAAAUUUUUCAUAAAUGGCUGUAGCUUUUUCUACCUUCCCAA